AUGAACCAUCCUUCUCGUCGUUAUCCUCUAGUUAAAUCAGAUACCUCCUUUUGUGUCAAGAAAAAUAUUACAGGUGGGUCUCGGGUCUCGGAUAUGAUUUCAGGUGAGAAAGAAAUUGCAGGUGGGGUGAGUGGAUCUCGGCGACAUCAGAUAAAGGGUGAAUAUGGCAUAUGUUAUUCAGCCGCGAUUUCCCUGUUUAAAAGGAAAGAAGACCAACAACUUGUAUGCCUGAAGAUACUCCGACUUUUGCAUAAUCUGUUUGUGACAAUGACAGAUAGAAACAUCACUUUGAUUAAAGACUUGGACAAUAUGAAAGAUGAUUACACACUAAAAGUGUCUAUCAUCCGGCUAUGGAGAUCAAUUUCAGAUGUUAACCCCAUUAUAGUCAAAUCAAUUGAGAUGAUAUUGAUGGAUGAGAUGUGUACUAAAAUCCGAGCAAGUGUCUAUCCAAGAGAUUUUCAAAGAUACAGUUUUAAAAUAAGUGAUGUAAAGGACAAGUUAAACUUGCAUGGAUUUUCUUGUGUUUCGUUUGAAACAAUUAUCUCUGCAACAACUACAUCUAAUGACUUAAUUGAUGUUAUUGGUGAAGUUGUUUCAUUAGGAAAGCUUGAUUCUCGUGAUGUCAACAAAUCCAGACAUAAACUACCUUUACAGAUUCGAAACUUAGAAGGUUUGCAGGUUAACGUGACAUUGUUUGAAGAUAUUGCAUACCAAUUGAUUUCUUAUGUUGAAGCUCAUAAACAAGUUGGUCGACUGCCUUCCGAUAACAGUCAUUUUGAUCACACUCGGAUGUUCAUAAAUGCUGAUCUCCCCGAUAUUGUUACCUUCACAGAUAGCUUGGUUGGUCUACGAGGACUUCAAAACCCUUCUUCUUCUUUGACUGUUGAUACCUCUCAAUCAUAUUCUGAAUACGAUGACUUUUUGAUCAAUCAUAAUGUUAAAAAUGUUGUCGAUUUGCUAGAACCACAAGAGGUCGGGAAAUUCAUCAUUGUUGGGACCAUUUAUGGGAUUCGACAAGAUAUUGAUUGGUACUAUGAUGCAUGUACAAACCGUGGAAAGAAAGUAGAUGCAAGGAAUGUGUUCAGCGGUCCAGAAAGUGGUGAUGCAAGUGUGGUUUAUGAAUGCUAUAGUGAUAAGUGUAUAAAAAAGGAAAUAUCUUCUGUUCCAAGGUAUAAGGCAGGUAAUUCUGCAAAUGCUGAUGAUACAAAAAUCGCAUCUCACGAAUUGAAGUCAUUAAAGGAUGCGAUCUCACAAACCGGUGAUAAUUUGACCCCUUCAAUGCCUGACAAAUUUGAAGCUACAAGUCCGUUCAAGUUUAAUUUGCCGCCAAUGGUAAAAAAACGAAACGUUGGAGAUUCCAUUGAUGUUGAUGAGUAUGAUAAUGUGAAUUCGUCGACCAAAGUACCUAGAUUGAAUUCCAAGGUGGAUGGCAACACAGUAUUGGUUUUCAUGGUGUUCAACAUUGAUAGUUCUUGGUUUAUUUUCGCUGCUAUUCUCUGUCUUAAUUAA